CAGCAUGAAUGGUAGCGUGAAUGUUAUCACAGAGGAUAAUGGGAAUGCUAAUAAGGGUGAUGAUUUCGUAUGGGACGUUGACUUGAAUGAUUUCGAAUGGGAGGUUGAGCCGGACAAUAUUGAAGUUAAGGACAGUCAUGCUGUGGAAGAUGAUGUGUGGGCUGUUGGAAAGGAUGAGACAGCAUACGGUGACGGAAGCAUUGGUAUGGUUCAUCUGAGAUCUAGGCCUUUGGUAUUUGGGGACAAUAAUGGUAGAUGGGAGAGAUGA